CAGGUCAGCUGUGGCAUACCUUAUCUCAGGAUGGCUGCACUGACGUUUGCAGAAAACGUGGAACAGGCGGAAUUGUGACCGCGAGUGUUGCGAGCAAUUGGUAACGUUUGCUCCGAAAUUAAUCGGAUAAACCGGAUUUUAUUUGAUACAUGAACGACAGUUAACCUCUCAGCGGACACUGUCAUAUCCGGAGUCAUCGUUAUCUGAAAAGUUAUCACUGAAAAGAAUGCCAUGCGCAAUAAAGUCUUUGGCAAAGUGCAUCUAAAUAACUGACGAACAACUGGUCUUUUCCAUAGUUUUGUCAUGUAUAUUAACGUAUUUCGAAUACAGCUUGGUUUAAUCACAAGUAUUUUACAUAGAAUAUAGUGUAUAUAUAGCAAAAAAAUAGAUUUUCACGAACGUUAAAGUGAUUUUUCUGGGUUGGGAAUAAAUAAACGUCGUUACACACCGUAAACCAUAAUGUUCCGUACGUGCUAAUUAUUUCUGCGUUAUUUGUCUUUAAUAACAACAAUUUGUAUAAAUAAUACAUCUUGCGUGUGCCGCAACAUCGAAGGAACGACGCCUGUAGCGAGCGCGUUCACGCCGAGCUGAUACCACGGGCAAGAUACAAAAUUUUGAUAUAUAAAUAAUAUUGGAGAGUGUGCAUGUGUGUGUAUGCGCGCGUGUAUGUGUGAGCGUGUAUGCGUUGCAUCCUAUACAUACAUACAGGAUGUAAUCCGUACGAAUAUAAUAUAUUUUUUGGCACUUACUAAUUAUCGAAAUCUGGGGGAGGGGGGGGGGUGAGACAUAUCUUAAGCAUUAACGAACGCGGGCGAGUAAUCGUCGAAACGAGAGAGUAAGGGAGAGAUUUCUCGUUCGUCCCGAUUUUCCUCGGAAAAUCUUGCCUUCACGUAGAAUUGUACGAAGCGAAUCUAGACGGCGAUCUUUCUCGCCAGAAUGUCCGGGAUAGUUCAGUACGUGGUGGUGCGGGGAGAUCUCUCGAGAACGAUGGGGUGGCCGUUAGGCGCGGUGAUCGCCCAGGCGUGUCACGCGUGCACCGCUGUUAUUCAUCUCUUUUACAAUGACGCCGACACGCAGACCUAUCUCGCCGAUUUAGACAAUAUGCACAAGGUUGUGCUCGAAGCCACCGACGAAGCCAGCCUGCAGACGCUGUGUUCGAAACUGAAAGCAGACGACAUUCAGCAUAAAAUGUGGAUAGAACAGCCCGAGAACGUCGCGACGUGUCUGGUAACGAAGCCCUACCCUAAGGACAAGGUGCAGUCGUAUUUUAAAAAGUAUAAAUUACUCAAGAUGUAACAGCGCAUGUAAGUGACAUUAAAUACCUUUAUAAAAAGACAA